AUGACAACACCACCAACAACAUUACUCUAUAAAUCUUCAUCAUCUUCUGUUCGUAAUUGGACAUUAAUCACUGAUACAAUUUUCGGAGAUUAUGAAAAUGGUGGAAUUAAGAUUAAAUAUCAAACAGAUAGACCUGAGGAUUUCCAAUUUCAUUUUGAAUUCAAUCAUUUUGUUGAUGAUGUCUUUUUCUAUGCACCAAUUACACCUGAAAGAGAUUAUUCACAACAAGGAGAUGCCAUCUUUUUCAAUGGAUCUAAAGGAUAUCAAACUGACAAGAUUAGAACAUUCCAAGAAACAGAUGAAGAUGGUAGAGUUUGGACUGUCUCUACAAUUCCAUUCACAAGUUUUUAUGUCAACUCUAUGGGAGAUGAAACAAGAGAUUCCGAGGAAUUGGAGAUGAAGGAUCUAAUAGAAAAAAUUAAACUCAAGAAGAUGAAUAGUCAACAGAGUCAAUCAUCGGAGAUGAUCGAUUUGAACAAAGAGGAUGAAGAACAAGAACCAAUAUUUACUACUUUAUCACCAACAAAAGAUGUAGAGGCUUCUUCUGAAUUAAAGAGAAAAUCACGAGAUGAAGUUGAAGUGGAUCACUCCAAGAGACAAAGAAGAGGACACUUUACUAUUGAUUGUCUUCAUAUUAUUUGUGAAUUUUUACCACCACAAAAACUUGGAACAAUUAUGCUUGUUUGUAAGGAUUGGGAUGAUUUACUCAAGACCAAUUAUUAUUUCUGGUAUUGCCUGUAUAAGAGAAUGUUUUUUGAAGAUUUAAACAUUAAGAGAGAAAAUAUUUCAGAAUAUGAUUUCAUGAAGGCAUUCAAAACAAGAUAUUCCUUUGUUUUGAAGUACUCAGUGGGUUCGUCUCUGUCUAGAUUUUUGGUUGAGCAAGAUAAUCUUGUAGAAAAGGCAUAUAGAUCAGAAGAAAGUGAUACUGCAAUUGGCUUAUUGUCUAAAUGUAUUGCUUCACAGAAUGUACUUCGUAGAUACUUUGAUUUGCAACGAAAGCAAGUAGAUUGUUCAGUUUCAAGUAUCAAAUUUUUGAAAGAUAUUGAAGAUGUAAAAGAAGGAAGAAAUAAUGCCAAGUAUUUGAUAACAAUUUUCCUUGAAAGAAGUGUUGAUUUGACUGACGAUGAUAGUGAUGAUGAUUUAUUGGAAACUAAUUUCACUAGGCAUGAUAUUGGAGCUUUGGAUAAUAUCAUUAAUCAAUUCAAGAGGUUUAAAAAAUCAAGAAAUAGCAUCGUUGUAACAAACUUCCUUAAAUUUGGAACAGAAGAUGAAGCUAGCCAAAAAAUUGACUUUAUUAUAAUUAGCUCUCUAGGACACCAUAUUUCGUUUACAGCAGAUAUUGAAACAAGAGUUUUAGAUGAAACAUAUUUGGACUCUGGAAGAAUUAAGGUAUUUGGUAAAAUUGCUGAAGAAAAAACUUCACAAUUUCUGUUUGAGGUUUUGUUUGAUGGUGAAACUGAAAGAUCUAAAUUCAAUUUUAAUCACGAAUUCACUGAACGUUGUCUUAAGGAGCUUGGGUUGAAAGAUAUCAAUCCAAGAACACUUUUGUAUUUUAUUACUAGACUAGUUGAUUCUGAUAUUGAUCCUCAGUUCUUCCUUAGAAUUCAACUUGGAAUUAUUAAUUAUAGCGAAUUCAACUCAACUAAGCCUUACGAAAGAGAGGGAGAAGAUGCAUAUGUUCAAAAUCUAUCAGAUGAAGAAGAAGAGGAAGAAGAAGGCGAGGAAGAAUUGACUGAGGAAGAAAGAAGAUUUGUAGUCGAAUCUGAUGAAGAAGUGGAAGAAGAGGCCCCACCUGAGGAAGAUAUUACUAUUCUAAGUUCUGGAGAUGAGAUGGAGGAUGACGAAGAGGAAGAAGAACAAGAGGAACCAAGCAGGGGUCCAACUAGGAAGGUUAUCGAAGACGAUGUGGAAGAAGUGGAUGUAGAUGAUGACAAAGAGGAAGAGGAAGAGGAAAAGGUUGGAACUUUUUCUCCAACAAUUGAUUUAAAUGAAAAUUCUGAAGAAAAUGAUACAUCUACAUCUGAAAAUACUGAAAAUAAGGAAGGAGGCACAAGUGAUAAACCAGUUGAAUUGGAUUUUGAUGACGAAUAA